UCUUUCUAUCUAGUUGAACUUGUUGUCUCUGUCACUUUUACUCUUGUUCGUUCGCUCGCUCGCUCGCUCGCUCGCUCAUUCAUUCGUUCGUUCGUUCGUUCGCUCACUCGCUCACUCACUCACUCACUCCCUCUUUCUCUCUCUCUCUCUCUCUCUCUCUCGCUAAUUCAUUCUCUCUCCGCCUCGUUGGAGAGCUUGCUCGCUCGCUCGCUCGUUCGUUCGUUCGCUCGCUUGGCCGCUCGUUCGUUCGUUCGUUCGUUCGCUCGCUCUCUUGGUACUAUGUCUACGUACUCUCGUACUCAGGAGAGCGACGCGUGGGCCCUCCUGGCACUGAAGUCGGCACCGGCCAGUCCGACGAAAAUGCAGUGGAAUCCAGAAGCUAAGGGUGCACCGAUCGCUAGACUCGAAGGUCGGGAAUUCGAGUACAUGGUUAGGCAGAGACGCAUCACCAUCGGUCGAAACAGCAGCAAGGGUGAGGUCGACGUCAACAUGGGUCACUCCAAUUUUAUCUCCCGCCGACAUCUCGAAAUAUUCUACGAUCAUCCCUUUUUCUUUAUGACCUGCAAUGGCAAGAACGGCGUCUUCGUUGAUGGCGUGUUCCAACGUAAGGACGCAUCUGCCUUUCAAUUGCCAAAAACAUGCACCUUUAGAUUUCCAAGUACAAAUAUAAGACUUGUAUUUCAAUCUUUGGUGGAUGAACAAGAACAAGGUAAUGUACGCGUACCAUCUCCUCCUAAACUGAGAGUACCACUACCGCCUCUACGUAUAAACAUACCUGAUACGGGAUAUAGUAGUCCCUUUCCUUCUCCUACGGGAACCAUAAGUGCUGCUAACUCCUGUCCAGCUAGUCCACGAGCAGGUCAGGGUAGAAGAAAUAUAUCAGCGGAUUUACAAAUGGUAGCGGCAUAUGCAGCAGCAGUUGCAAAUGACCCACAAAAUUCUGGAAUGGAAAGGCAUGAAGGAACUCAAAGUUCUAGUAGGCAAAUCAGUCCUGAACCAGGGAAUGAUCAACGCUACAGAGGUAGUGGUAGUUCGGGUCCAAAUGGUACAACUGCACAUUAUAGUCCGCCAAAAGAUGACACGAAGCCUCCUUACUCGUAUGCCCAACUUAUAGUUCAGGCUAUUGCAUCUGCACCUGACAAACAAUUAACUUUGUCGGGCAUUUAUUCAUAUAUAACAAAACAUUAUCCAUACUAUAGAACAGCUGAUAAGGGCUGGCAGAAUUCUAUUAGACAUAAUCUAUCAUUAAAUCGAUACUUUAUAAAAGUACCGAGGAGUCAAGAGGAACCUGGGAAAGGUUCUUUUUGGAGGAUAGACCCACAGUCAGAAGCUAAGUUAAUAGAACAAGCUUUUAGACGAAGAAGACAACGUGGUGUACCCUGCUUCCGUGCUCCAUUUGGAUUAUCCUCAAGAAGCGCACCUGCAUCUCCGUCACAUGUGGGAAUUAGUGGUUUAAUAACACCAGAAUGCCUGAGUAGGGAAGGUUCCCCAGGACCUGAAACAUAUCCUGAUAAUUCUGUUCCUUCUCCAGCUGGUCAUCUUACGAGUCAAUCUGCACCAGGAUCACCAGGGCAUCCAUAUGCACCGUCUUCCCAGCAAUCCCAUAAAGGGCGAUUGGUGCAGCAAAUCACUGUUGUCACUAAUGGCGUAAGUGGUGACGCAGCGAGGGAAGAUAAAUAUUUGGUGCCUGGAAACAUAGUAGAGGAGCAUUCUUUAUCUCCAGCUGGACAGUAUAGCCCGGCUCCUGUUAUUGUACAAACAACAUAUAAUUACAGUGGAAACUUUAUUGGCCCUGACGCAGGCGUUGGGGUUGGCAAAAGAGCACAUGACGAAUCAGAUAGUUCGCCCGGUUCUCCAGCUCCUCUUGCCAUCGUUGAAAGUCCCGAGCCUCUCGAGCAUCAGCAAAUACAGCAACAGCAGUCAAAACGUCAACGUGUGCACGACGUUGAUGAUCAUUGAACUUAUUAUUCUAGAAUCCCACUUCGUAGAACAUUAUUACAUUACAUUAUUUGCCUAUUACCAGACACACAGCCAAGUUCUCUUUUCCUUUUAACGCAUAACUGCUUUGAACGGCACACGGCGGAGUAAAUAUUCGGUUAUAUAUCUAUAAAAGAAAAAAGAAAUAUGUUUUAAGAAAAGUACAAUCGUACUGCGUUAAUUAAAAUGAUAAAACUUAUUUAGUUUGGACCACAUCGAGCGAGGAUUAAAAAAAUAUUCCUCUUACGAAGAAAGCAUCAAUCAAUCAAUCAAUUUAUUGGGAAAGUGCAACUUCUGUUAUUUUUUCAAAAAAGUUAAGUAUAUAUAUAUCCACUAUAUAUAUAUACGAAAGAAAAUAACAAAAAAAAGAAAAGAUUUAUUUGUAUGGAAAAAAAAAACAUAAGUUAAUAAGAAAAGAAAUUCAUGCAACUAACGAUACAGACGCAAAAGUCUCCCAUAAUUUUUCAUAUUUUGUAGUAUACCGAUUAAUAUGCAUAAAAGUAUAUACAUAGUAUUGUAUUUUUCACUUGACAACUUAUUAAUUAAAAGCACGAAUGAGAGAGUCAGGGAUAAAUAUCACAAAUUAAACUUGAAAUUGAAAGCGCGAGAAAAAAAGCCUUUUUAGUAACGUCAUUAGAGCGUGGAUGGACGAUUUGUUCGGGAAUCAAGGAGUACAUCGAUUGUUCCGUUGACAACCAAAUGAAAAAAAAAAA